UUUUUUUUUCUUUUCCCGAUUGCGUUCUUGCAUAGUCAGCAAAACAUAUAUUUUACGAUUAUAUUUUUUCAACGCUUCCUCUACAAUCACUUUAUGCAACUCCACCAUUAUUAUACAUUCACUUAUCCACUAAAACUCUCUCUCUCUCUCAGAUUUCAUUUCACCAUGCAUCUUCUUUUUCUUCUUCUUGUGAUUUUCCUUGUCAUCCUCUUGAAAUUCAUAUACUCAGUCAUAUGGGUCCCUUGGAGAAUUGAGAACCACUUCAAAAACCAAGGCAUACGAGGCCCUGGGUACCGUUUGUUCUUCGGGAACACAGCUGAGAUCAAACAUAUGUACGCUGAAGCUCUAUCAAAGCCAGUCCCGUUGGACAACCACGAUGUGCUUCACCGUGUGUCUCCAUUUUACUACAGGUGGUCAGCCAUGUACGGGAAGACUUUCUUGUACUGGUUUGGGUCAAAACCAAGGCUUGCAAUGUCUGACCCAGACAUGAUUAAGGAAGUUGUUAUGAACUCAGAUGGGUCCUUUGGAAAGAUCCAGAUGAAUCCCUUGGCUAAGCUGCUAUUUGGGGAAGGACUUGUUCAGCUUAGUGGUCAGAAAUGGGCUAUUCAUAGAAGAAUCACAAACCAGGCCUUCAACAUGGAGCGUGUUAAGUGUUGGGUACCAGAAAUUGUGGCUAGUAUUGCAAAGAUGUUCAAUAAGUGGGACGAAAAUAGAGGAGGGAGAGAUGAGUUUGAGAUGGAUGUGCAUAAAGAGCUUCAUGAACUCUCAGCGGACAUCAUAUCAAGAACAGCUUUCGGGAGCAAUUAUGAAGAAGGAAGGCGCAUUUUCAACUUACAAGAGCAGCAAAUAUAUCUUUUCUCUCAGGCGAUCAGAAGUGUAUAUAUUCCUGGUUUCAGGUUUUUGCCUACUAAGAUGAACAAAGAAAGGUGGAGACUAGAUAAGGAAACUCGUGACUCUAUAAGAAUGCUAAUUGAGACGAACAAACAUGCAAGAGAAGAUUCAAGAAAUCUUCUUGGUCUUUUUUUGUCUUCAUAUAAAAAUCAAGAUGGUGAAGAAGAAAGAUUAGGGAUUGAGGAAACCAUUGAUGAAUGCAAGACCUUUUACUUUGCAGGAAAGGAAACAACUGCUAACCUUCUAACUUGGGCAAUUUUUCUUUUAGCAUUGCACCAAGAGUGGCAAAGUAGAGCACGGGAAGAAGUGGUUAGCAUAUUCGGUGACAAUGGGCUUCCUGUUGCAGAGAAAUUAAACGAACUUAAAAUUGUGAGCAUGAUAAUUAAUGAAACACUUAGACUCUAUUCUCCGGCACCAAUGUUGUCAAGGCAAACAUGUAAGAAGGUUAAGCUAGGGGGCCUUGAUGUUCCUGCUAACACACAACUCUAUUUCUCCUUGACUGCAGUCCAUCAUGACAUCGAGAUAUGGGGAAAAGAUGCUAACGAGUUCAAUCCAUUUAGAUUUAUGGAUUCUCGAAGACAUUUAGCUUCUUUUUGCCCAUUUGGUUUGGGUCCCAGAAUCUGCGUAGGUCAAAAUCUAGCUAUGGUUGAGACCAAAAUAAUCUUAGCCAUGAUAAUUCAACACUUCUCUUUUGUGGUAUCACCAACCUAUGUUCAUGACCCAAUGUUGCUUGUAACCUUGCAGCCUCGACAUGGUGUCCAAAUACUCAUGAGGAGGAGAAGCUGAACAUUUGUUUGGGACUCUUUUUUAAGAGGGGUGUGCUUCAAUUUGUAUGCUAAUGCUUAUGUUUUAUAUUACUAUUCAUAUGCAUAAAAGAUCAUAGCAUGCAAAAGAAGUAUCUGUUUUAUGGCUAAGAUCAAGUGAAGUAACCAUUGAAAGAAACAAUUUUAGUUUCUUCUCUGAGACCUUGUUUUUCUUCUAGGGGUUGCCGAUGGAAGCUUUUUUCUUGUUGUACAAGGCACAUGGUUGGUAAGCCCCUAGGGUGGGCUAUGGAUUUAGGGUGGUCUAGAAAGAAAAAAUAAAUAAAACAAAGAAGGAUGGCAAGUGAGAAUAGAGGUGGAAGAGAUUAUCACUGACGGAAGAGGAGGAUGAGGACGUCAAGUAAAAGAGGAUAAUAUGAAGGAAACAAUGAAAAUAGGAAAACUCUGCAUCAUAGGAAAACUUUUAAAGAACAAGGCAUUCCGUGCAAAGCCAUUGAAGAGAACAAGACAUCUAUGUAACUGAGGACCGAAGUAGCAGAUGACAAACCAAGGUCAUUUAUCAAGAAUCAAGUGGUGCUCUAGGGCUAUGACAGGAGAUUUAGGCCUCAGCUUCUCCGAGUUAGCUUCUAAGGU